AUGAGCCUCGACUUCCACUUUCGCGACUCUGGCAUCUCGCCAGAGAACAACCCCUACGCCUCUGCUCUUUCUUCAUCAGCUUCCUCCUCUACCUCUUCAGUGUUCUCGGAUGCCGCAUCACAAGUAUCCAGCACAAGCUCAACAUCAUGCCCCUCCAAUUGGGAGUCAGAUGAAUGGAGCUCCAGCACGGGACAGAUUGCUAUGGCAACUGCUGUCAACUUCUCAAAUGUAGCUGCACUUCAACCAAUCAGCCGUGUCAGCACCUUCCCGCAGUACCAGGCCUCCGCUUGCCGAGAGACUGCACAGGAAAGGCUGCCAUCGUUGCGUCAGGCUGAACUUAUUGCACCAGUGGAGCAGCGACAGCACCCACGACGAUCAUCGACUACGAUCAACCAGCGCGCUCCUCCUCAGUUAGUACGACAAAGCGACCGAAAGGUUAACUUCGUCGACUGCCUCGUCGAUUCCGCAACCCAAAUGGUUGAGGUUAUCUGGCAGCUUUCUGAGCCCAAGAGCCGUUGCGAGACCAUUGCUGGACGUGGUGUGCUUCCUCUGCGCACUUUCAUCCAGGAGACUCUUCGCCGAUCUCGUACCAGCUACUCUACUCUGCAGGUUGCCCUGUACUACUUGAUCCUCAUCAAGUCGCACCUGCCUAAGCAUGACUUCACUAUGCAGCAGCAAUCAGAAGACGCUUCUAUGCGUGCUUUGCAGUGCGGACGUCGCAUGUUUCUUGCGGCACUCAUUCUUGCCUCAAAGUACUUGCAGGACCGCAACUACUCCGCUCGCGCAUGGAGCAAGAUCUCUGGCCUCAAGGUCUGUGAGAUCAACACCAACGAGAUGGCCUUCCUGGAGGCUGUUAACUGGAAGCUCCACAUCACCGAUCCCGUAUGGGAGAAGUGGCAGGAAGUUGUCCUACGACACACUCCUACCAACCCACCGUCAUCUCCCGGAGCAAGCCUUCCAAACACCUGGAAGGAUGUCAUUCCUAUGUUGACACCGGAGUUGGAGGUUAUCACUGUGAAGCCAAAGGCACCAACCACACCUGUGCGCAUUCCCUCCAGGGCAGCACUUGGUCUCGCUGCGUCUCGUUCGCCUACUUCGGCUGGCUACGGUUCACAAGAGAGCACACCCACACCUGCUCUCUACCAGGCACCUCGCUUCCUCGAGCCGAAGCCUGAUCUGCUUCCUCCCACUCCCAUGCGCUUGGGUCCCCUGCCUACGCCUUCGUUGACACCCCAGUUCGUUGCCACUUCCACUCCUGCAGCGAGUGCCAUGGCAAUGAGCUCGCGUCGUCCUUCGAUGUGCACAGCAAUGCAGCAAGCACAGUGCUCGUCUUUGGCGCGCACUUGUGUCGACCAGUUCAACCCAAGCAUCAGGAAUGGACUCGAGGCCUAUCACUUCCCGAGCCGCAGGCCUUCGCUGGCACCAUCUGUUUCUUCGAUCUCAUCGUCCCCAGAGUCGAUGAUCACGGACAACUCUCGCUCUUCCCGCGCUUCGUCGAUCUCCUCAGUCUCGUCUGCUGGCUGGGCGCCACCAAGCCAGGCCAGUUUGGCCCGGCUGGCGACGUGCCGCAACGCGAAGCUGCCUUACCCUGUGCUCUCGAAGUGCAACGAGUAUGCUCCUAGCGAGCCCACAUCCUCACCCGAGUCUGUGGACCGCUACCAAAUCGAUGAUGCAGAUGCGACCCCCAUGCGCGUCGACAGCCCUCUGUCUACCAAGUCUAUCAGCCCCUCACGCAAGCGUGGCAGGUCUUCCACAGUUGACCUCCAGCAUAGUGUCCGUCACCUGCUGGACAACUCGCGCCCGAGCUUCACUCUCCACAGCCAGCCUACCGUCCUGCCUGAUCGAUCCAUCGCUCAGCCAUCGUUCUCGACAUUCGAGAAUGAGUUGAAGGGGCUGCAGCCGCCCAAGAACUCUGCUCCUGAAUACUCCCGUCUGCCAGUGCAGAAGGACUUUGGGAAGAAGCGGACUUGCUGCUCCACCGAGGCUGCGCAUGCGUAUCACAGGCAAGGACCUGGCAUGUGGGAUGGUGUCCUACUAUAA